AUGUGUGAUAAGGUUGAGUCAGGAAAUUUUCAGACUGAUUCUUCCCUCUAUGACCCACGCUAUGAAAGUUUAUUGCAGCAGUUCUUACCUUCUCAACAACAAGGUAGUACAUCUAAUCAAAGCCCGGGGACGUCGUCGAUGCCACAACAACCACAACAAAAUUCUCCAAACAUAUCUGGUGGUUCCUCUCAGUCGCCACUUUUUAAUUAUAUGUUUGGACUUUCUUCCCAGUCUCCUCAGACACAACCUAUGGGAAGUCAGUUUGGAGGAUUACCGCAGCAGCAGCAACAACAACCUAUGUAUGCAUCUAAAUCUGUGGAGAAGUUGAUUCCUCUACGUGUGACAUUGGUUAAGAAGGGAGCGGAGUACGAUCCCUAUGGCUACAAUCUUUUUGUCAACGACGAUCCCGUUGUUAAUGCAACAUAUGUUGUUGGGCCAGAUAUUAUGGCAGAUUUGCCAACACAUAGUUCAGAUGCUAUGGUAGUUGAGGAGCGCAGAAUAGAAGAUCGAUACAGACAGAUGCCAAGUAUUCAAUCGAGUCGCGGAAGCUCUGGAAAAUAUGGGAGUUGUUAUGUUAAUAGUGUCAAAGAAGUAUUACAAACCAAGAAUAAUUGUACGAAUAAUGUUUUAACUAAUGAUGAUUAUGAUGGAAAAUGCUUUUCUCCAAGAGCAAGUACAGAUGAGGCGGCCAUGGAUGCAGCUGCAACGAAGGUGCGGAAAGUUUACAAGAGCUACAGAACAAGAAGAAGCCUUGCAGAUUGUGCUGUCGUUGUUGAGGAAUCAUGGUGCAAGGCAUUAGAAUUUGCUGCUCUUAGGAGGAGUUCUGUGUCAUUUUUCGACUCAAAUAGGUCAGAAACUGCAAUUUCUAGAUGGUCAAGAGCUAGGAUAAGGGCUGCCAAGGUUGGAAAAGGUUUGAGCGAGUACGAGAAGGCUCAGAAAUUAGCCCUAAAACACUGGCUUGAAGCUAUUGAUCCACGUCAUCGUUACGGACACAAUCUACACAUAUAUUAUGGUGUUUGGUUUCAAAGCAAGAGCUCUCAACCUUUCUUCUACUGGUUGGACGUAGGAGAUGGGAAAGAAAUCACUCUUGAGAAAUGUCCAAGAACUGUUCUUAAUCUUCAGUGCAUAAAAUACCUCGGACCAACAGAGAGAAAAGCCUAUGAAGUGGUUGUGGAAAGUGGAAAGCUUCUCUACAUGGAAAAUGGAUGCCACGUGGAGACUCCUAAGGGCACCAAGUGGAUAUUUGUGCUGAGCACAUCAAGAAAAUUGUACGUGGCAGAGAAGAUUAAGGGCACAUUCCAACACUCUAGCUUUCUAGCCGGUGGUGCCACCAUUGCAGCUGGAAGAUUGGUUACCCAUGAUGGGAUUCUUGAGGGUAUAUGGCCUUAUAGUGGUCAUUAUUGCCCAACAGAGGAGAAUUUCAAGGAGUUUAUUAACUUCUUAGAGCAACAUCAUGUGGACUUAACAAAUGUCAAAAAAUAUCCUAUGGAUGAAGACGUUCAACCAAGUAAAAAAAAUCUGAAGAGUUCAACAGAGUCUGAAAGUGGCACUAGCCCAAGUCUCGAAGCCCUAAAUGAUCCAAAUCGUGUUGAAGAAAAUUUAAAACACACCGGUGACACUAGAAUGGGUAUGGGUUUAUCUUCAUGCAAAUGGUCCACCAGGACUAGCCUCGUAUUAGCUGCGCAUGAGAGAGUACCCUUCACAGUUCCAAUUUGAAGCUUUUGAACAUGUCACUUUAUCACCAAGGACUAGGCCCAAUUUACUCCUAUUCCUUUCCAUUCUUGUAGCUAGAAA